GCUACUGUAAACGACAACGUGAAACUGUUCAUCUAUACACGUCAUUAAAAGGCCAAAUAAAAUUCUUGGAAUGCUAAAAUCAUUUGCAUUGAUCCAGCUUGAAGAUGCCUGAGAAUGACCAAACCCAAAGCAGCAUGCUGAAGGGGGAGGGACAAAUUGAGUUUGAUGAAGUUGCGGUUUAUUUCUCUGAGGAGGAGUGGGUCAAUUUAAAUGAUGAACAAAAAGAGCUUUAUAAGGAUGUGAUGGUGGAUAAUUACCAGACCCUCAGGUCUCUAGGUUAUGUUCAUGUGAAACCUUCAGUUAUUACAAAGAUUGAGCAGGGAGUGGAGCUGUAUGGGUGCCCUGUCCAGAAGAUCCCUCAGGAUAAACUAAAUAUCAAUAUGAAAAAUCGAUUAAUGAGCUAUAGUAUUCCUAGAAAAGACCAGCCUAAGGAUUCUUCUUUGAAAGAGAUUGAAAGGAGUCACGAGAAAAAUAAAUCAUAUUCAUGUUCUGAAUGUGAGAAGUCAUAUUCCAAUGAAUCAAGUCUUAUUAGACAUAAACAAAUGCAUACAAGACUGGAAGAUUUUUCAUGUUCUGAAUGUGAGAAGUCAUAUUCCAAUGAAUCAAGUCUUAUUAGACAUAAGCAAAUUCAUACAAGAGAGAGAGAAUUUUCAUGUUCUGAAUGUUGGAAAAGUUUUACUAACAAAUCGCAUCUUCGUAUCCAUAUGAAAAUUCAUACAGGAGAAAAAGAAUUUUCAUGUUCUGAAUGCGGAAAAUGUUUUACCCAGAAAUCAACUCUUGUCUCUCAUCAGAAAACUCAUACAGGAGAGAAACCUUUUUUAUGUUCUGAAUGUGGCAAAUGUUUUUCUCAGCAUUCAACUCUUUCUAAUCAUCGAAAAAUUCAUACAGGAACAAAACCAUUUUCAUGUUCUGAAUGUGGGCAACACUUUACUCGGAAAUCAAGUCUAAAUGCGCAUCUGCAAGCUCAUGUUGGACUAAGACCAUUUUCAUGUUCUGAAUGUGAUCAACGUUUUCUGAAGCAAUCAACCCUUAAUUCACAUAAAAAAAUUCAUACAGGAGAGAAAUCAUUUGUAUGCAUUGAAUGUAGAAAAUCAUUUACUCAGCAAGUAACGCUUACAGCUCAUUUGAAAAGUCAUACUGGAGAAAAAACCUUUCAUUGUUCUGAUUGUGGAAAAUCAUUUAUCUGGAAAUCCGCUUUUACUAAACACCAGAAAAUUCAUAGAGGAGAAAGGGUAUUUUCCUGUUCUGAAUGA